AGAAAUCUGCGAGUGGCGGUGGCGGGCGACAGCUGUGAGUUUUGACGGUCAGUCGCCGUUUUAAUGACGUUUCGUUGAUAAGUGUUCGGCUCUCCGUGGACAAACGUCGCGAAAAACACGACCGAAUCGUUAAAAAAUGAGCGCGACGGGCAUUUUACCGACUUACCAAAGAUUCGUUAACGGUGUGCCAGUGCCUUUUUCACGUAAGUCUUUCAAACCGCGGGAGAAAUACGUGAUUUUUGUGGUAGUUGCCACUUUCGCCUUAGUAUGUUUUGGUACCUUUUUUUAUUUACCAUCGAGUAGUACGGAUAGCGUGUAUAAAGUGUAUGAUCAGAUUAAAAGAGCUGGCCCCGAAUUGUUAAUACCGCCACCACCACAUUUGGAGAACAGCAGAGAAGCCCCUAGAAUAUUAAGGCAUGAAGAUGAUGCUCGAAUGGAUCCACACAUUUUAGGAGACCGGGAAAAACUGAAAGCAAAAAUUGAAGAGGAUCGGGAACUGAAGGUUCUCGAGCGCCCCGAUUUGGUGAUCAAGCGAUCAUCGUCUCCGUCAUCGGCGGGUCAACCGCUGAACGCCCCCAACUAUCAAAUGGACAUGAACGUCGCAGCUGAGGAAUUGGGGAUGCAACCGCCAUUGAACGUGGUGACGGUACCGCCAGCGUCCAGCGAUCACUACCCUCUCAUUCAGGGCGGCGACGAUAGGGAUUCAGUGACGAGAGAAAGAAGAAAUAAAGUGAAACAGAUGAUGAAACAUGCAUGGGAUAAUUACGUGCGUUACGCUUGGGGAAAAAACGAGCUGAAGCCUAUUUCAAAACGCGGACACCAAGCCAGCGUGUUCGGAUCACAGCCUCUGGGCGCAACAAUCCUCGACGGCCUGGACACAUUGUAUAUCAUGGGAUUGAACAAGGAAUUCAGACAGGCGAGGGAUUGGGUAGCCAACGAAUUCGAUGUGGAUCAAGUGUCUGCGGACGUAUCAGUUUUUGAAGUGAAUAUACGCUUCGUAGCCGGACUGCUGUCGUGUUUCGCCCUUACCGGCGAUACAAUCUUCAGGGACAAAGCUCAGCAAAUCGCCGAUAAAUUAUUGCCGGCAUUCAAUACACCUACCGGCAUCCCCAACGCUCUGGUCAACUUUAAGACGGGGGUGAGUAGGAACUACGGCUGGGCGAGCAGUAGUUCGAGUAUAUUGUCCGAGUUCGGCACGCUGCAUAUGGAGUUUGCGUACCUUAGCGACGUCACUGCGAAAAGCGUCUACAGAAACAAAGUGGACAAAAUAAGACACGUUUUAAGGGAAAUUGAAAAACCCAACGGACUCUAUCCAAAUUAUCUCAACCCUAGAACCGGAAAGUGGGGUCAACAUCACAUGUCGAUGGGCGCGUUGGGCGACAGUUUCUACGAGUACCUCCUCAAGGUGUGGCUUCAGACGAACAAAGAAGACGUCGAAGCGCGCGAAAUGUUCGACGACGCCAUCCAGGCCGUGUUCAAGCACAUGCUGUUCAAAUCGACCGGCGGGCUUACCUAUUUCGGCGAGCUCAAGUUUGAAAGGGUGGAACACAAAAUGGACCAUUUGGCGUGUUUUGCCGGCGGUCUCCUUGGUCUCGCUUCCAAAAGUUUAGCGAACGAACUGUCCACGCGUUACAUGGAGGUAGCCAAACAAUUGACGCACACAUGCCACGAAUCGUAUGAUAGAAGUUACACGAAACUAGGACCCGAGUCGUUCCGGUUCACGGAAGGGGCGGAAGCCAAAGCGUUAAAAAGUGGCGAGAAAUAUUAUAUACUCAGACCGGAAGUGAUAGAAUCCUAUUUUUAUAUGUACAGGCUGACCAAGGAUGAGAAAUAUCGGGAGUGGGCGUGGGAAGCUGUGCAAGCUAUAGAAAAAUACUGCAGAGUACCUGGUGGAUAUACUGGCCUUAAAAAUGUAUAUUCCGAAGAACCAAUCCAAGACGACGUUCAGCAAAGUUUCUUCCUUGCAGAAACGUUAAAGUACUUGUACCUGAUUUUCUCGGACGACAGCUUAAUAUCACUAGACGAAUGGGUGUUUAACACCGAAGCACAUCCCUUCCCGGUAAAAGGCAAUCCACUCUAUCGAGAAGCGGCCUAGCCCUUAGUGGCAUCUACCGCGCAGUAUAGUCCCACCCCUGUGUACAUAGAUUCCACCCUAUACGACUGAACCUAGAGACUUUGCUAUUAAGAUUAUUUAUUGAUAAUUAUUAAGUGAGUGUGGCGGCAGGUGACUGUGGGAUAUUUUCGUGUGUUGUAACUUAAGUCCGAGGAUGGUGAGAAAAAAAUGUGUUCUUUGGUGGUAUUUGUUUUGUGAGAAAAUGCAAAUUUUGUCAUUUGUGAUUUCAUAUAUAGAAGGCUUGAAUGUCGAGUAUUUAAAAAUCACUUAAUACACUUUAAGUUAAUAUCACCAAUGAAAAAAUGUUGAUGUUUCAAACAUCACACAUCAUGUGUGGGAUUGAUAACAAAUAAUAUUCUGAAGAGUGCACAAUAUUGAGGUAUUAUAGUCACUAUAUUCAGGUCACUCCAAAAUAUUUCAUUACAUUACAUUUUUAAUUGGAAUGUUGAAUUGAACAUGUUUAAUCCAGAUAUUUUAAACCAGUUUGAAUUUUGUGUUAUUAUUUAGGAGAUAUUAAGCAAAAAAAUCUAAAUAUUUAAGAUUGUUACAAAUAGCAAAAAAAUAUUUAAAACGUAUUAUGAGUCACAUUGACUAGUUGAUAACAUUUGACAGUACCAAAGUCCAUUAGAUGUAAUCAAGACUCAUUUAAUUAAACAUUUUGGUGCAAACCAAAAACAUAGGCAAAAUGAGAUAAAUUUCUCAUGGCUGUAGAGAUUCUAGGUAGCUACUAUAAUGUUAGAAAAACAACUAGAAAUAAACAUUAGAAAAGCUAGCCGAAAAUUGAAAAUGACAAAACAUUAUGACAGCUUUUUUAUGACAAUUUUCGAGUAAAUGUGUAGAUUUUAUAAAAUUAAAUAAUAUGUGCGAAAAGAAUGUAGUUGCUGUGAUUAAUAAAUUAUUGAAUAUAAACUGAUAUUACUUGCUUAGUUUAAUCAUUAUGUGAAAAUCGUUUUUUGCUCCGACUUAUUAUUUUAUUAUAAUAAAUUUAACAUUUUUCACAUAAUGUGUAAGCUACCGGAAACCGCAGAUGUACAGGUUCUAUAGUCAGCUCCAAUUGUGAUGAGAAAUGUUGCUUAAAUACAUCUUUAAAGGUUGUAGGUUAUUUUUAUAUUUCUGUUGUCCUGUCUGUAUAACUUUUUCUCUCUAUUUUGGUUCGUUAGUUUGAAUUUGAAGUGCAUUCCAUAUUUAUUUUUUAAUUUUAUUUAUUUUUAUACUUUCCGUUGGUACCUAUAUUAUUAAAUGUUCAAGCAACAAUUCUCCAGUGGAUAGUCAAGUGAAGAUGAUUUUUGUUUACUCUAGUUAGUUUUAUUUAAGUGAAUUUGUAUAUGUCUUAAAUGAUAAUCAAACUGGCCAACAGUUCCUCUUACACAUAGUUUAUAGUUCAUAAAAGGGAAAUGGUAUUUAAUGAUUAUAUUGUUUUUAUUUUGUAAAUAUGUAUUGUCGUUAUUUUUAUUAACCAAUUUGUAAUAUAUUGUAAAGUAGUAUAGUAAUUAGGUACUACGAAAUAGAAAGAAUUAGGGCAAAUUUUAAAUUAAUAAAAAGGGAAAUAAGGUGUGUUCAUAACUUUUUUUAUUCAAUUUAUUGACAUUUGUGGUAUUUGUGAAAAUGAAAAAUAAAUGCAUUUGACUGUAGGCAAUUGUCAUUGUAUUUCAAAGAAAUUUACCAGUAAUAAAAAAUUUAAAUCUAGAA